CAGGUGAUUUUCCACUUCCAAAUGGCGUCUAUUGCUACUCUCUUAACCGAAGCUUCCGCCGGCGCCACCUCCGCUUCCGAUUUGUCGUCUUUCCGUAGCCUAACGGACCGCCACUACCUGUUUGAAUCCGGAACAAAUCGGAGUAAUAAAAGGCGUCUCUUUUUCCCUAAAGGAGUUGUUUCAUCCAUGCCAAACACCCAAGCCGGCGUUGUUACCUCCACCAACGGCCACCCGAAAGCCUACAAGGUGAAACCGACGGUCGAGGUGUUAGACAGCGAGGCUUUAGGACAAGUGAAGACGAACUCGAUUCCUCGGAGGAGAACCAAAAUUGUCUGUACCAUCGGACCCUCGACGAGCUCGCCUGAGAUGAUAUGGAAACUGGCCGAGGCUGGAAUGAAUGUGGCUCGAUUGAACAUGUCCCAUGGAGACCAUGCUUCUCAUCAGAAAAUCAUUGAUCUUGUUAAGGAAUACAAUGCUCAGUUUGAAGACAAAGUCAUUGCCAUCAUGCUGGACACCAAGGGUCCCGAGGUUCGAAGCGGUGAUGUCCCUCGGCCGAUCCAGCUUAAAGAGGGCCAAGAAUUCAAUUUCACCGUCGAAAGAGGAGUCAGUACGGAGAACACCGUCAGCGUAAACUACGACAACUUUGUGAACGAUGUGGAAGUUGGAGACAUACUAUUGGUAGAUGGUGGAAUGAUGUCGUUAUCGGUGAAAUCAAAGACAAUGGAUUUGGUUACGUGUGUCGUAGUUGACGGCGGAGAACUAAAAUCAAGGCGCCAUUUGAACGUGCGUGGGAAAAGUGCCACCCUGCCGUCAAUGACAGACAAAGAUUGGGAAGAUAUCAAAUUCGGGGUGGACAACCAAGUCGACUUUUAUGCCGUUUCUUUCGUGAAGGAUGCUAAAGUAGUCCAUGAGUUGAAAGAUUAUCUUAAAGGUUGCAACGCAGACAUUCAUGUGAUUGUGAAAAUCGAAAGUGCUGAUUCUAUACCGAAACUUCACUCGAUAAUUUCCGCUUCAGAUGGGGCAAUGGUUGCUCGAGGAGACCUUGGUGCUGAACUUCCAAUUGAGGAGGUCCCUCUAUUGCAGGAAGACAUCAUCAGAAGGUGUCGUGGUAUGCAUAAACCGGUAAUUGUGGCAACAAACAUGCUUGAAAGUAUGAUUAAUCAUCCUACACCAACAAGAGCCGAAGUUUCUGACAUCGCAAUUGCUGUUCGAGAAGGUGCUGAUGCAGUUAUGCUUUCUGGAGAAACUGCACAUGGAAAGUAUCCUAUUAAAGCUGUAAAAGUUAUGCACACUGUGGCAUUGAGGACAGAGUUAGAUCUUCCAGUCAGUUGCAUGCCUCCGGUUCGAUUUAAUGCUUACAAGAGUCAUAUGGGUGAAAUGUUUGCUUUCCAGUCAACAACCGUGGCUAACACUCUUGAUACGCCAGUCUUGGUUUUUACAAGGACUGGAUCCAUGGCUAUACUAUUGAGUCAUUAUCGUCCUUCCUCUCCGAUCUUUGCCUUCACGGAUGAGGAAAGAAUUAAGCAGAGACUGGCACUGUAUCAAGGUGUGAUACCGAUAUAUCUGGAGUUUUCGGAUGAUGCAGAGGAAACUUUUUCUCGAGCACUCAAGUGUUAGUGGACGAGAACUUGGUGACGGAGGGGGAAUCUGUUACUCUUGUCCAAAGUGGAGCACGGCCAAUCUGGCGCCGCGAAUCCACCCAUCACAUCCAAGUUCGAAAAAUCGAAACCAUGAAUCUAUAAAUGUAAGAGUAAGGACUUCUUUUUCUUGUCAAAGAAGUUACUAAACAGUU